GAACAUCACUUCCCGCGUUCGGUUUGUGCUAUAGCCGACAAAAGGGUCAAGGCUGGGGCCAUGGCGGGUAGCGAUGGCAGGCCUUUGCUGCAGAUAGCGCCCAUGAUGGAAGUGACGUAUCGAGACUUUCGGUACUUUAUGCGACUCUUGACUCGGCGGGCUCAGCUUUGGACUGAGAUGGUGGUGGACGAUACCAUUCUCCACAACCUAGACACCGAAAAGUGUGACCGCUUCCUUGGUUAUGACAAGAAGGAGCAUCCUAUUGUUUGCCAGCUUGGGGGCAGUGAUCCAAGCAAGCUAGCGGCAGCUGCGGAAGUUGUGCAACGGUAUGGAUAUGAUGAAGUAAAUCUCAAUGUUGGGUGCCCCUCAUGCAGAGUUGCAACGAAAGGUGAGUUUGGCUGCUCUUUGAUGAAACGGCCAGAAGUUGUGCGGGAUGCCAUCCAUGCAAUGAGCCGUGUGGUGCAAAUUCCCGUCACAGUGAAGUGCCGCUUGGGAGUUGAUGAUUGCGACUCGCAAGAUUUCACCCGUGAGUUUAUUCAAACAGUGGCUCAAGGUGGUUGUAAGCACUUCAUCAUACACGCCCGCAAGGCUUGGCUGAAUGGCUUGUCGCCAGCACAAAACCGGACAAUCCCGCCCCUUCACUAUCCACGGAUUUUAGACCUUUGUGAACGUUUUCCUGACCUGAACUUCAGCAUCAAUGGAGGCAUCGCAGAUGUGGGCCAUGCUCGCGCCCUUUUGAACUUUCCUACUCAACGCUUGGAGGGUGAGAACUCAGAAUUGUAUUCAGCUGCUUGGGGUUGGUCUUCUGAGACCGGCCAGGCGUGUCCAGUUCCUCCCAACCUCCAAGGGGUAAUGAUUGGCCGUGGAGCUAUGAACACGCCAUGCAUGCUUUGGGAUGUGGAUCAUUCAAUGUACGGUGAAGAGAAGCCUGCACCAAUGACCCGCCGAAAGCUUCUUGAAAACUACCGACUCUACUUAGAGGAGGCACAUGGAGAUGGAUCAACAGUUGGCUCUACGCACUUGGCUUUGAAGCCAACACUUGGAAUGUUUGCGGGCCUUCGAGGGAACAAAGCGUUUCGUUGUACGGCUGACACGGCCAUGCGAAAGAAGAACGAAGAGGGUGCCGCGGCGAAUGUGUUGAAACUCGCCAUGGAGGCCGUAGAGGCAGCAAAUCCUGGCAUUUUGGACGAGGUCUUGCCUGCGACCACAGCUUUCCAAGUGGCCAGGCAGAAUGACACGCCACGAGGCCAAAAAAGAAAGCCGGCUCAACCAGAGGCCUCGGACAUGAUGACCUGCGCUGCUGAAACUGUCCCUGUCCAGAUGGCAGAUUCCUCUCCGCUGGUGACAGUCUCCACGCAGUAGCACCCCUAAAACUGCUAUGCAGUGUAGCUGCCUUGGCAAUGCCAAGGACAUCGCCACUCUGCUAUUCUGGGCUGUUUCGGUGGGAGGAGAUCUCCUGAAGUCCUACAACUACGAAUGCAGUUGCAAACUCAUGAUCUCAGUCUAACGGCUUUGUACAGAAUGUAUCGAUGCAAAUUUAGCAUCAACAUGCCCACACUGUGCAGUGAGCGAUCCGAGGGCAAACACGUUUGCACCCUUAUGCUGAGCA